CACAUUCCUCUGGCACAGGAUGAAGACCAGCUCAGCUCCUCAGCCCUUGAUCAUUGUCUAUUGUUCUCCAAAUAGUAAACCAGUACUCACACGGAUUUUUCUGGGCUGCAGUUGUACUCCAAGCCCUGGCUCCUCAUGAAUCUGAAGUGAAGGGCUCUGACCCAGAAAGUGGCAGGUAAUUUUUUAAAAAGAAAAAAGAAAGAAGGAAAGAAAAAGAAAAGGACAGACAGGAAAAAGGACCACCGGCGUAUGAAAUUCUCUCCUGGACUCUACGGGCUGUAAGCAGGCCACAAUGGGGUCUCGGAAGUGCGGGGGCUGCCUGAGCUGCCUGCUAAUUCCACUUGCACUUUGGAGCAUCAUUGUGAACAUAUUACUGUAUUUCCCCAACGGGCAGGUCUCCUACGCAGCCAGCAAUAAGCUCACCAACUACGUGUGGUAUUUUGAAGGAAUCUGUUUCUCGGGUGUCAUGAUGCUGAUGGUAGCCUUGGUUCUUCUUGUCCUGGACAAUGAGAGCCGCUAUAAGUGUUGCCAGAGUGAAAAUUGCACCAAAAAAUACAUGACCAUGUUGUCGAUGAUCUUUUCUGCUCUGGGAAUUGCCUUCUCUGGAUACAGCAUGGUCAUAUCUGCUCUGGGUCUCCUCCAGGGCCCAUACUGCCGCACCCUCCAUGGCUGGGAAUAUGCCUUUGAAGACACCGCAGGACGUUUUCUGACAGAUUCCAGCAUGUGGAGCCAAUGUCUGGAGCCCACACACGUGGUGGAGUGGAACGUGAUUUUGUUUUCCAUCCUCAUAGCCCUGAGUGGGCUUCAGGUGAUCAUCUGCCUCGUCAGAAUCUCCAUUCAGCUUUCCAAGACCCUGUGCGGCACCUACUCCGUCAUCAUCCAGCCUGGAAUCAUCUGAAUAUGGACAAGAGUGUUUUUAUUGUCAAGCUACAGCUGUCAACCUAAGCCUCAGGCCCACUGAGUACUUUGAGGAUGACAAUGGAUGAGGGCAUCUCCUGCAUUUGGUGUUCAUCAUGCCCAUUUGUGAAAUUUACAGUCCUCACUGAAAGUGCCACCUUUUCAUUGAGAAUUUUUUUCAAACUAAUGUGUCAGGAACUUUACAAGUAUGUGUAGUUAUACCCUUCAAUCAAAUAAGUCCAUUUCCAAGAAUCUGUACUAUGAAAACAAGUAAGAAUAUAAGAGAAAAUUCUAUGCAAAUGUGUAUUGAAACAUGGUCUAAUAUUCUGGAAAAGAGGAAAUCCCCCAAAAAUCUAACUUUGGGGGAAGAAUUAAAGCAUGGUACAUUAAAUGUAAAAUUAUAUGAUAAUUAUGAAUGAUGUUUUAGAGGUUAGGAAUAAUGCUACAUAACAAAGCAGGUUACAAAUUUCUGUUUACAGCACCAGCAUAACUAUUUAAAACAAACCACCAAAUAAUCAAAGUUUAGGAUAAAAAUGAAAUCUAGUAAGAAGCAACAAAAUAUCAAUUGUGAUUGAUUUGGGUCUUCCUAUUUUUCUAUACUUUUAAAGUUUUGUUUAUUAAGUAUGUUUUACUAUAAAUAUUUUUUAAAAACUCAUAUUUUUACUAUUAAAAUUUUCUAUUUUUUCAACCCUUAAAAGUACAUGCUUUGUACAAGUGUUUCCAAACAAUUAGUAUUUAUAAAAAUCAUGGAAUAGCACUUCAACUUUCAAUGAGGAAAAGAGUGACCUAGAUAACCCAAGAAGUUUUAUAUAAAUGCAUAGAAUCUGAUUCUUGAUCUUCUCUCACUUCUGGUGGUGAGGAUGCUGGACUAGAAUAGUAGCUAUGAACUAAAUGAGUAGCUGGGGACCUUCCCACUGGGCACUGGAGGAUCUAUGGAUCAGUAGAUGCCUGUGUCCUGGGAAUUACCACUGACCUGUGUUGCUAAAGUCAAAAGCAUUUAAGGUAGAACAUUUACAAACCUUCCAUCUGCACCCACCAUGACACCCCUGAGGAGUGCAGCCACAUCUUAUACUUUCCCAUCAUCUGUGGGGCCUAGCACACAGUGGGCCUACAGGCCCUCCAUGUCAACAUGCACACCAGGCCUUUCUCCCUGUGUCUCUAGGCUGGGCACCCUCUCCAUCACAGAACUGCUGGGCUUCAGUGUGGGAAGCCAUUCUCGCUCGUGAUUUGAGCUACCUCCCUGGCGGGGUGUGAGGUGCUUAGACAAGCUGUGUCAGAGCCUUCCCCACCCUUCCCCAGGUGUGAGGGCUUGUCCAUGUGGGGGUGUGGCUGACCACUGACCUGAAAACCAAUCGCUGACCCUGACCUUGGAAUGCUGCCCCUCUCAACCUUCAUUGGAUGGAAUUUUCCCAUGAAUUUUUUGUUCCCCAAUAAAAGCUAACUCCCUGGUGUGUUU